GCAAAAUUCAUCAGUCAAGUGCUUUCGCUUCGCAAUUAACGAUGAAUAAAGUAAUACUUGUAAGUAUGUUAGUCCUCGUCGCAUCGGUUUGGGGUCGCCCCGCCGACGAUGAAGACUUCGAUAAAUUGGACGUCGACGAAAUUUUAGCAAGUGAAAGACUUGUGAACAAUUACAUUGGAUGUGCCAAAAAAAUAUCACCGUGUACCAAGGAGGGCCUAAAAUUGAGAGAGCUCGUGCCAAAAACACUCAAAAACAAAUGUGCCGACUGCAGUGAAGAACGGAAGGCAAAAGUUUAUAAGAUACUCGAAUGGAUGAUCCAAAACAGGCCCGAUGAUUUCUUGGAAAUCGAAACUAUGUACGAUAAAGAGCACGUAUACAGAGGAGAGUUUGCGGAUGAAUUGAAGAGUCGCAACAUUGUGUUGCCACCCUUAAAGUCAUAACUAUGAAAGUUUCCUUAACUCGAAAAUGGACUGUUGUCGUUCCUUUAGGUAUAACUAAAAAUUAAGUUAUAUUUUUAUGUGAACCAUUUAAAUUGAUGUUAUUACACGUUAUUGCAUAUUUUAAA